CAAAGCAGUGUUAGACCCACUGAAAGCAACCGUCGUUGACAUUCAAACAUUUUCGCGAUUGGGUUAUGCCUUUGAACGUGACCAAUGAGAGUGCUGCUUAUUCCGAGGAUGAAAGAGUGGUGGAUCCAGGUUGCUCUUCUUGCUGCACCUCUAAUAGCUGUCUACCUUCACCUUCCUCCCCCUAUUCUCUCACCAUCCCUUUAUUCAUGGCGGUCUGCUGGAGCAUUCUUCACCUUCAAAGACCACCGCAUAUUUUACAGAGAUUCCAUUGGUGCUUUUGGUAGUUCUGAUACAGUGAUACUUUUGCAUGGCUUCCCAACAUCAAGCUAUGAUUGGCACAAGAUCUGGGAAGGCUUGACAUUGAGGUUUAAUCGUGUUAUCGCAGUAGAUUUUCUUGGCUUUGGAUUCAGUGAUAAACCUAGGCUGCACAGAUACUCCAUCUUUGAGCAGGCAGAUAUCGUCCAGGGGCUAAUGGCAGAACUGGGCCUAGCUCAGCAGAAGCUCAAUAUCCUGGCUCACGAUUAUGGAGACACUGUUGCAUUGGAGCUGCUGUACAGGUCUGAACAUGGUAAACCUGGACAUCUGAUUAUUAACAGCCUGUGUUUAUCAAAUGGAGGAAUUUUUCCAGAGACAAAUCACCCAAGAUUUCUGCAAAAGUUACUCAAAAACAGCGGUUGCUUUUCACCAAUCUUCACCAGACUGAUGAACUACUAUUUUUUCUCAAAAGGGAUCGGUGCAGUGUUUGGACCUCACACACAGCCAACAACUGCAGAGUACUGGGACAUGUGGACUACUGUUCGGAUCAAUGAUGGGAAUCUAGUAAUGGACAGUAUUUUGCAGUUCAUCAAUCAAAGAUGGAAGUACAGAGAUCGAUGGGUAGGAGCCUUGAUUUCUACCUCUGUUCCAUUACAUUUAAUCUAUGGACCAAUGGAUUCUGUGAACCCUCACCCUGAAUUUCUGAAUCUUUAUCAGAAGUUGGUACCAAAAUCAACAGUGUCAAUCCUCGAUGACCACAUCAGCCAUUACCCUCAGCUUGAAGACCCUGUGGGCUUCAAACAAGCUUACACAAACUUCAUCAAUUCCUUCUGAACUUCUAGUUACAACUCUGGAUCUUGACCAAUGAAUGAUCACCAGCUUCUUCUGCAAUAUGGGAAUUGUGGUCCCAAAUAAUAGGCCAAUGAGAUUAUAGAUAUUUUAAAUCAAUAUAAUUCACAAAUUAGAUUUAAUUAUGAGGACACUCAGUCCUCGUUUAUUGUCAUUUAGAAAUGCAUGCAUGCAUUAAGAAAUGAUACAAUGUUCCUCCAGAGUGAUAUCACAAAAAAAAACACAAACCAAAGACUGACACUGACAUAUAGUUACAGCAGUGCAAAACAAUACCAUAAUUUGAUAAAGAGCAGACCAUGGGAACGGUAAAAAAAAGUCUCAAAGUUCCGAUCGACUCCCGAUAGUCCCGGAUAGCAGGUGGCAGAAGGGAGAAACUCUCUCUGCUGUAAACCUCCAGGCACCGACAACUGUCGAUGCAUUGGAAGCACCCGACCACAGCUGACUCUGAGUCCGUCCGAAAACUUCGAGCCUCCGACCAGCCCUUCGACACCGAGCACCAUCUCUGCUGAGCUCUUUGACCCCAUCCCGGCCGCCGAGCAACAAGCAAGGCCAAGGAUGCGGGGCCUUCCCUUCCGGAGAUUCAGGAUCACACAGCAACAGCGGCAGCGAGAAAGGCAUUUCAGAAGUUUAUCCAGAUGUUCCUUCGUUCUCUCACGUCUCUCUCCAUCAAAUCAGGAUUGUGCACGGCACCCUACUUGACAGAUGACAGAUAUCAUUCACCGGAGUGGCCGCGGCUGCAUCGCACCGCCAUCAUCUCCUCCUCCUCCUAUAGUAUUAACAAUGAUACUAUUACUUUCUGCUUUGCUUAAAGGUUAUUUUGCAGUUGCCACUUGCAGACAGUUGGGAGCUCUGUUGGAUGAAUUUAAAUGAAAAGAUUGUGGAUCAAUGCUGAAUUAUAUAUGCUGGUAUUUAGCAGUGAAGGGAUUUGUCUAUAAAGCUUGGAAGUACACAGCAGAUAAAGAGUAUUUAGGUGGCACUUUCUUGCUUGAAGUGUAAACUAUUUGUCUUUCAAAUGCUUGUUGAGCGACGAUGAAUUUUUCACCAUGUCUUCUGCUUCAAGAUUUAGCUUCCUGAGAGACAGGGAUGAACAUUUCAGUGCAUGAGGGUGUGACAGUUCAGCAUGGGGAUCUCCUGCUGGUAAGGUCUAUUUGCUGGGCACUUUUGUCCAAUUAUAAGUCACUCACACUGCCCCCCCCCAAACAGAUGAUCCACAGGGCAAAUAUUUCCAAAACUAGCAAAUAGAACGCGUAUAAAUAAGAGAUUUUUGGGGCCUUUCAGGUGAUGAUAAUUUCUUGUAAUUUCUCAAAUUCUGAAGAAUUUGACAGUAAAUGUAGAGGAUUAAGAUAACCACUUAUAAUAACCAGUAAAAAAUAUAAUUCAGGACAAACUGCUUUUCUGUUUGAGAAUAGCAGUCAGUGGAGUACGUGGGUGUAUAAAAGCUUAAUGCCAGGAGAACAGUCUCUGUUUUUCGUCUACUGCUCAAUUUACAAUUUGCUCCUUUAUAGUUUCUACUGCCUAAUUUGAUGAUGUUAAAUUCACGUCACUCAAUUUUCAACAUGAAGUUAAAGUUGAUGGAAGACACUAGGUGUGUAUUAAAUGAUGGUAUUUAUAAAAACAAAACCUUCCAGAUAAGUUAAAGGGAAGAGAUUAGUGGAGGUCAAUGCAGGACCCUUUCACACUGAAAUUUUUAAAUAUGGGAGUAAUAUUGAUAAAGUAUGGAAGUAAAAGGUCUAUUUGCACAUGUUUUUGUUUUCAAAGCUCUUUUUGUAUGCAUGUGGCAGGAUGGUAUACAUUUUGAGUUCUACUCAUUGCUAGUUAAUUUUCCCAGUCAACUUUGUUGUACAUUAGUGAAAUUUCACUUCCCAUAAUAUUGUGCAGCUAUGAUUUUUCAAUACUAUACUGUAUUUAGCUAUUCUAUCUAGAUGAAUUUCUUCCUUAGACCAGCUGCAAUUCAAAGAUGUCCAAUAUGAACAUCAUGCAUCUGUAGCUUUAAAUCACCAUUAAUCCAGCAUACUUGUGACUUUGGUGACAGACCAGCAAAUUUUCUAGGCUACUAGGAAUCAGGACCACAGUGAAUUUAAAGAGAGUAUGGGAUCACAGAAAGCAGCAUCUGGAGAGCUCAAUGGCAAACCAUUGAGAUUUCUAAUUGAUAGUGGAAUAUUGGAGUUUUACUAGUACAGUAUUCAUUUAAAGUAUAAUGAAACUGAGACUGCAGAAAUGUUGUUCAAAUAACGAAUAAACAAGUGGAAAAAUUACAAUUAUUUCUAUGAAUAAAGUUUCACAAGAUGUUCUUUAAACUAUAUAGCUGAUUUUGUUUCUUAAUCCUUAAUGUUUAACAUAAACUGUAAAAUUGUAAAUAUCACGAAGUGAGUUGAGUUAUUAUAACUUCCAAAUAAAGCAACAUAACACUGCUUAUAAUCCCCAUCUCGUUGUAACUUUGUUGUAACUCGUUGUAAAGGACUGGUAUUUCUCUCAGAAUGCUGCUGUACCCCCACCACAUUUAUGCACGAAUUGCAUGGGAUUCCACCAAAAUACCUUUUGAGGUUGCUGUCUAUCUGAAAUCAGUCCAUUUCUCACAAAUAUUUCACAAUUUGAUUAAAAUCUGAAGUUUUACUUGGAUCUCAAGGUUGUAUAGUUUAUACAUUCUUUGAUAAUAAAAAUAUACUUUG